CAACACCUACGUAGGCCAUCUAGCUCUACUGCUCUAGCUACAUACGCACGUCGGCACGUACGUUUGGCAGCCAUGGCACGUAGCCUCGACUGCACGUUGCCGCUUCUCUCUGUCGUGCUCCUUUCGUGUUGCUGCGGCCUGUCCGGCGCGGCGCGGCCGGCGCCGUCGGGCGCCGCCGCCGGCAACACGAGCUUCGUGAGGGCGUGGUGCGCGGGGACGGAGUACCCAGCGCUGUGCGACGAGACGCUCUUUCCGUACGCGGCCGCGGUGGGGACAAGCCCGGCGCGGCUGGCGUGGGCCGCGCUGAACGCUACCCUCGCCGGCGCACGGGGCGCAACCAAGGCCAUGAAGGCGAUGGCCGCGGGAGGCCACCUGGCGCCCGUGGCGGCGGAGGCGGCGGGG